AUUCCCCUCUCUCUCUCUCACACACACACACAAACACAGAGCUGCGUGUUGUUCAGUAUUGUCAGUAGUGUUAGUGUGUAGAGCUGCUCAGGGAAACUCUGUAAACUUGGUCACUUUGCUCUGAUAAUUAGCUACAAACAGACUCGUACAGCUGUCAGGUUAGCUGAGUUAACUUAGUUAGCAUUUACGGUUUGAGCUUUAACGGCCAUAGCAACUGAGUUCCCUGUAGAUUCCCCUGUGAAUAAACGUUUCUCAGAAGCGGUGUAAGCAUGAUGCAGUUGGAAGCCCCACUGCGGCUCUGUCACAACUGUCUGUGGUACUAUAAGUUUUCACAGCGCCUCAUGUCACUUUCUGCUCCACACAGGUCAUUCGCAAGUUACUAUGACAUUCUUGGGGUUAAGCCUGACGCAUCACUGGAACAAAUAAAGAAUGCAUUUUUCGACAAGUCCAAAAAGCUUCACCCUGACAGUGACCCAUCUAACCCAAGCCUCCACAGUCAGUUUGUUAAGCUCAAUGAAGCUUACAGAGUGUUAAGCAAAGAGCGCACCAGGAAGGAGUAUGAUCUCCGGCUGAGAUAUCACGGUGUCGACCAGAGUUUUAGACCCUCUUCGAGAUACGCACACCACCCCGGUUCUGCUGAGACGAACGAGAAUGCACGCUACUGGGAGCAGUUCCACACUGUUCACGAGCACUCCGGGGAAGGCUGGCAGAAGAAGAGGAAGAAGAAUUUCCGUCUUGUGGGCUGCUGCGUCGUUGCCAUGCUUCUGAGCGUCUGUGCUCAUUACUUUGGGUUCAGAAAGCUGGAAGAAGUACAUAAUGACUUCAUGGAUAAAAAAGAUCGUGUUAUUAAUAAACUCUACAAUGAGUCCAAAGAGAGAGCCAGGGUAAAUGGAUUUAAGAAGCAACAGGAGAUCCUGAGACAGAAACAUGCAGAAUUUAUGGAGAGAUACAAGAUCCAUCAGAGUGGCAAAGAGAAGUAGCAAUAUCGGACAGAAGUCAUGAGACAUGAUGAACUCCUUUACCGGACCUGAUGCACAUGGAGGUAGCAAAUGCAUAGAUGUAACAGAUGGACUGAAGCUGCCUUUAGGUUGAGAAUAUAUUUAUAUUAAAAUAAUAAUAAUAAUGAUAAUAAUAAUAUCCAUUGUCCGAUAUUUGUGGCAUUUCCAGGAUACGCCAAAAAACCUGAUUUAUAAUUCAUUACAAAACAUGCAGAUGGCUUGAUGACGUAGUUGUUAAUGAAAGGUGUUUCAUAUAGUAUAUACUGUAGUCCUGUUACAUAUGAAUUACGUCCUACAUGAAGCAUCAGACACCUGUGUAUCCACAGCAUGCCUGGAUUUCCUGGGCAGAUUUUUAACACCUGGAUAUGGUUCUAUUGGAGGAAAAAAAGACGAAGCACUGUACACAACUCACUGUGUAUGUUUGUGUGUUGCGUUUUUCUACCUAAGCCAGAUUAAAGGAAUAACACAAAAGUAACCAGUAUUUUUACCUUGGGUAAUUAUUCAGUAUUUUUGUAUCAAGCAGCCCAUCAUUUUUAAAUCAGUCUUUAUUAAAGAGGAAUUCAUACAGAUGUUCUGGGUUUGGUGCAGAACUGAAAAUAUUUUUAAAUGGUGUCAUUCCUAAAUUGCUUUUCCCGUUACCUGGAUUUUUCCUAUCAUGGAUCGAAAGAAACGACACUUUGACUUCUUAACAGAAAUACCAAAGAAACAGACAGUAACUUUUCUGGAAGCUGGAUUGAUGGAUUAAAACUCAAGAGAUAAAAAUAUAUAUAUUGUUAAAUAUUUAGCGUUUCAUUGGGAAGCAUUUUCUGAUUGGUAAACUUCCCAUUUGUUUUGCUCUCUUUAUGUGCAUGACAUCUCCUGUCAAAGUAUAUCUAUAUAUAACAUGUUCUCUAUUAUGCUGUCUUCUGCAGCUGUAUAAAAUAACAAUAUGACUGUCAUCUCCAGGUGUUUCAUAAUAUUGUAGGGAAUUCUGAAAUCAGUAGAUCCCUGUCUGAGGUUUGACUGUUGCUGUAAGUGGGGUAAUGUUUCUCUUAAAUAUUUUUUUGCGGUUAUAAACAAUUAAACAAUAUACUGAUCAUUAAAUGAUGUAA